UUAAGUCAAGCCUUUACAUAUUCAGACUGUUCUUGGAUUGAAAAAUUGAAAAUUUUUUAAUAUUUUUGAAAAUUAUAAAAAUUUUAAAUAAAAUUAUAAAAUUAUAAUAUAAAAUUUUUUAAAUAUAAAUUUUAAAUUUCAUAUAUUUAAUGUACAGAUUACUUUACACAUUUCAUUUCACAUGAAUAUUUUUAUGAAUAAUUUUGUAUUUGUAUUUAAGUAAAAAUGUUGCAUUUAUGAAAUAUAAUAAUUAUUUUUCUGUAUAAUAUUUAAAAGAAUUUAUAAGAUUAUUUAAAUUUAAUUUAUAUUUUGUGUUGAUUCUAAAAAUAUAAAUUAACCAGCAUAAAAAUAUAAUAGUAAUAAAAAAUGAAAUUUAAUUUUUUAUUUAAUUUUGUAUAAUUCUGAUGUAUAAGCAAAUAAAAUGGCAGAAAAAUUUCGAUCAUUGAUCAAAAUAUUAACCAAUGAAAUAAAUAAACAUCAACUAUUUAACAAUGCAACAACGAGAAUUAAUAAUGCUUCUGAAAAAGCACAAAAAAAGUUGAAUAAUAUACAAAAUACUGUUGCUAUAAAAUAUGAUAUUCUAGCAAAGCAAAUCAAUCGUGAUAUUACAUUAAUUCAAAAUAUAAAUGGAACACAAUUUGAGCCAAGUCCAUUACCAAAAAAAGUUGUUAAAUGGUGGCAAUGGUAUCAACAAUUAACAGGCUUAGAUAAAGUUGAAUUAGCCAAAGAACAAGUAAUUUUUGCACAAGAUAAAUUAUUUAAAUGUCAAGAUGAAAGAAGACACUUAAAUCGUGAAGCAAUGACAAUAAAUGACAAAUUAAAGGAAGUAUAUUCAGAAUUAAUACAAAUUAAGAGAGAUGAUCCGAAAUAUGUUCAAUUGACAAUAAUAGAAAAUAAAAAUCUUCAAGAUCAAGCAAAAAUUAUAUCGCAGCUUAAUUUAUUAGAAAAAGAAGAAAAAGAUUAUUUUACAUUAUUGGCCACUGCUAUUAAAGAAUAUCAUGAUAGUCAAACAAUGAAUGCUCAAAAGUAUAAAUAUUUAUCUAUUCUUGCAUCUGCUAUAUUAGCAAUUAUAUCAUUGAUAGGUUCAAUAAUAUACAAUAAUAAAAGAAUAGUAAAUAUUCAAAAUAUUAUAUAUGAAGCACAGCAAAAAAAUGAAAAUUUGUUGAGAAAUAGCUUUCAUUCAUUAGAAAGAGAUAUAAAUACAACUUUUAAUAAAUUAAUAGAAAAUAAUAAUAGAAAUAUAAGUACAACUUUCCAUAAAAUAAUAGAAAAUAAUAAUACAGUAGAAAAUAAUAAACAAAAUAUAACUAUGAUUAAUGAAAAAGAUAGAUUGGAUGAUAAUAAUACAAUGGAAUUAGCAAGAGCUUAUAUUGUAUUCGGAUUAUUUAUUGGUAUAUGUAUAUUAAGCUCUUUAACUCGAUAAAAUCAUUUUACAAUUAAUAAUAAUUAAUGAAUUAAUUAAUAAUUUUA